AUGUACGACUCGGUCGCCAACCUUCUCAGCUUUGUUGCGUGGUUUUCGCUGCCAGUUGCAUCGGUACCGCAAGUGGCACGCGCUGCGCCAGCAAUGCCGGCGCUCUCGUUGCCGCCAACCGCACGCGACGAGCCCGACGAAUGGGACGAGGAUCGCGGCAUUGCGACGUCGCGUUUGGCCGGCAACCUCGUGCGGUCGUGGCUCCACGCGGCAGUCUACGAGCCACAGAGCGCCACUGCAUCCCGUGUCGUGGACACCGCUGUCGACGACUGCAUGCCGCUCGACACUUUUUCGCACGCGGGUAUUUGUGAUGCCGUCACGUGGGAUGCUAUCGCGGUCUUGAAUCCGCCAGUGACAAGCACGGACACGUUGACGGAAGCUGCGACGAACAUCGCCGCGCAGAACGUCCGCGUACGGCUCACAGACGCAGCACUCUCCGCAGCAACCACGACGAUGGCAACCAACGCGCCAGACACCGUCACGUCUUCGGAGCUUGCGAUCAGCGUUGCAAUGGUCAACGCUAGCGACGCUGGGAUCUCGGAGCGAUACUGCGAUGACGUGGCAUCUCUGGCGGCGACCGUCGCCCAAAGCUGCAUCGAUACUGCGUGCCACGUCAUUCGCGCAAAGGCAUUGUCUUCCACCGCUUCCAACGACGAGCCCGAGCCCGAGGCUUGCGAGUCCGAACCCACUGCGUGCAUGGACGCCAAGGUCGAGCUCACCAAGAUGAUGCGGCCGACCGCCCUCGUGGCGACACGCGCUGUCGACGCCUGGAUGCACGCUGCGCUGAUGACGUUAAGCGCUGCUAUAAGAACUGACAAGAGCUCGGAUGUGCCAAAGACGACGUCGAGAAUCGGUACCGACGCGACGUCAACGACUUUAUGUGUCGCGGACGUGGAUGGUCUUGCAAGCGUUGCCCGUCAAUACGCCCGUGCGGCGACGUCCGAUGCCGUUGCAGUGCUCGGAGCGGGUCUCUCAAGCCCAUCGGUAUCCAUCGACAUCAAUGCGAUCGACGUAGCUCCCACAGCGACGUUGGUGUCGGCCAUGGGCGUUGCAUCUGCGACGCGAGAUGUCCCCGACCUCACACUCUUUGGGGGCGGGCUCGACUCGUGUCUCCGUGACAUGGCGACGCAGCUCGUGCACGCGUGGACCGAUGUCGCAAUCCGAGCCAUGCUCGAGCAACGCGAGCUGACGACAGUAGCCAUUGAGACGCCCGACCCGCCUUGUCUCGACGAGUGUCAGCCUAUUGAUGCUGCACCGCUAGUGGAAGAAGAAGAGGACAGCAUGUGCUCGCAGGUCGCCACAUCGAUCCUCGCGGGCCACCUCGUGCGCGCGUGGAUCGCCGAUACGAUCGCAGAAGUUGCUUGGUUCACGUCUCGUCCCCAUGAGCACGACGCUGCUGUGCCGUCCUUGAAAAAUGCCACGCCAUCGUCUCGGAUAGAAAACGUGGCAGAUGCCACAGCGCUAGCCUCUGCCCCGGAGACGAUCGACGCCAGUGAAAUGGCGUCGCAUGACAACGAGGUGGCUGUGGCCUUUCUCGCCAGCCGACUCGUGCGUACGUGGGUCUAUGAGACCUGUGGUGUCAUUGCAGAACGAGCCCUGGCGUGUACUGCUGCGUCACUUGCUCCCCUCGACGUCUGCGAUGAGAUCGAUUCUGUUGUCGUCUUGCCAGCAGAGCUCUCCAAGGACGAGACGCCCCACGACGAUAUUGUGGACGUGGCCGCCUCUGUCUUGGCCGGUCAACUUGUCCGCGCAUGGCUGUACGAGACCAUGCACGAGGUCGUUCAGUUUUCUGCACGACGCCACGAGCAUGCCGCCGACGCUUCCGCAUGCGCCGUGACCGAAGCCCCUGCGUCACCCGUGGUCGUUGAUGACGCGCCGCCUACGUUUUCCAUGGCACCGGUCAUUAUUGAUGGUGCAGAGCUCGAGACAAGCGAUGACAGUAUGGUGACCGUCUCGAUCCUCGCCGCGCAGCUCGUGAACGCGUGGGUCUACGAAACCAUGGACAACU